UGUUGGGAAGCACCGGCUCGGACAGACAAUGAUGAGGCGGUGAAGUGCGGCUAAUGCAAGUGUAACUCUCGCGUAUCCUGUCAGAUAUAUAUAUAUAUAUAUAGACAUAUAUAUAUAUAUAGACAUAUUUUACGACUCCUUGUGCAAAAAAAAUGACGACAACCACGAACUAUCAAGGGAUGGAGCCCGGUUCUAAAAGCAGUUCAAGGGUCUUGCGCCCUCCUGGCGGCGCCUCCAACUUCACGCUUGGUCCAGAUGAGGAGAAGCCUCCGGUCCGGAAAGACAAGAUGGCCUCCAGUGUUUUCGCUGAGCCUGAGGACCCCUAUGCCAAUAGAAGGAACAAUCCACCAGGUGGGAAGCCCACAGGUGUGCUUUGCGGUGAGCCAUCAGCCCCCCUGAGGAGAGGAGGGAACCAGACCACCAACAACUCCGCAGACGACCCCGCCACGGAUGGAGAGAAUUCUGUACGCGAUUAUGAAAACAGUGCUCCUGAGCCAGAAGUGGUUCCAGAGCAGAAGGAGGAGGCCCCUCCAGCCGAGCAUCCUGCCGCAGGAGCACCAUCUGGUCGCAGGAAUCCACCUGGGGGCAAGUCCAGCCUCAUCCUGGGAUGAAUCCCAGCCCACUACCCUUCCCUCCCUUCAUCCACUCAUCUCUGAACUUGUCUUUUUUUAAUUUAUUUUUUUAAACAAGGAACCCCGGCCCAUUUGUCUGAACCGCAGGAAUCCUAUCUGGUGUGCAACAGACUCCAGACUCCUCCACAUCCCUUAAGUGCAUUGUUUUGAUACCUCUUUUCUGAAAACCGUUUUGUACCGUUUUUAUCGUUUGUUUGUUUUGACAGAAGCACUUUAUGUAUUUUUAUGUCUACGGUUCAAAGUCCUCCUUUGCAUCCUGUAACACAAGGUGCAAGGAACACAUUUCUCAUAUCAGAAGCGAUAAAUUAAUCUCCCCUAACUUUAUUGCGACAGCAAAAGCUGUGUGUGAUCGUACGAGCAAGUACAAGUUUCCAGAAGAGAAAAGAAAGCUGUCACUUUUGCACCGUGUUCAGUUUUGACCCAUCUUGCAUGCACGUCUGGUCUGUAAACGUAUGAAUGUGAGAAGAAACAUAACUGUGAAGAUUUUUUUUAUUAUUAUUUUACCUGUUUGUACGUUUUUUUUUUUUUAUGUGUAAUAAUUGUAAUGUUGCAUGAAGCUGGAAUCUUUCUACUGAUUAUAUAAUUAUCCACUUAGGAGUCGCAUAAAUUACUGUCAUAGUGAUCUGAAGGGUGCAAACAUGUGUGUUCAGAUGACUUCUGUAUGUCCCGUGUCAGGUAACAGAAUUGGAAACAGCCUUUUUUUAUAUCGCAGUCGCUAACUGUAGAUUAUUGUAACCCCAGUGCCGGUUUUGAGUGCCCCAUGUUUUUUACAGGUCAAAUUUACUCUAAAAUAAAGUGUGCCUGUUAAUGUGUUAGGCUACAACAUCAAAUAAGGUUGGGUUUCCUCAAUCGCAUCAUGCCAGUAAUGAGACCUGGUUUCUCCAUUGCUAGUCAAUGGAAUGUUGUUGGUCCAGAACUGUUUUCUGGUAAACCCAUCCUCGAUUUGACAAGUGACCUUAUGACAGCUCAGCCUUUUUUUCUAUGUUUUUACCCCCCCUUUAAAUGUGUUCAUCGUCCUGCUCACUAAAAAGACAUAACAGCCUUUUUGUACAUGUCAUCGUCACAUUAUUUAAAACCAAAAGUCAAACUCCCUCCUGCUUCUGUCUUGUUGAGUCGCGAGCGCUGGCUGCUGUGUCAGCCAGCCGCCACGCAAGACAAACCUACAUUUCAGGUGAAACGAAAUGUAAUUCCUUGUGGUGUCUUGUUUUUUUUUGGUUGUUUUUUUUAAGUGUUAUGAUGCAAGAUGUGUCUUUUCUGCAUCCCAUGCCAAUUCCCGUCGCUGGAUGUGAGUCGCUGCAGAAGUUUGAAAUCAAGAAAAAUGGCACAAGUGGAA